GACAACUUGCCUUCUCGCGCUAACGUUAUGUGAGCACCGCAAUAUAAGCCCUGGCUGCUGACUCUCUUUUCAUUCACUAACACUCAGUCGUUCACCCACGCAACCAUGGUCCGCCUGUCGGCCUACCUCGCCGCUACGGCUGCGCUGGCUCUCAAUGCGCAGGCCGAGAGCAUGUACAGCAAGAAGUCGGGCGUCCUUAACAUCGCAAGCUCCGACUACGACAGAGUCAUUGCCAAGUCCAAUUACACUUCAAUCGUCGAGUUCUACGCGCCAUGGUGCGGCCACUGCAAGAACCUCAAGCCCGCCUACGAGAAGGCCGCCCAGUCCCUUGCCGGGAUCGCCAAGGUCGCCGCCGUCAACUGCGAUGAAGAGAUGAACAAGCCCUUCUGUGGGCAGAUGGGCGUCCAGGGCUUCCCGACCCUCAAGAUUGUGCGACCGGGCAAGAAGCCAGGAAAGCCAACGGUCGAGGACUACCAGGGCCCGCGUUCAGCGAAGGGCAUUGUAGACGCUGUCAAGGACAAGGUGCCGAACAUUGUCAAGAGGGUCACCGACAAGAACCUGGACGAGUGGCUGCAGGAGAACAAGAACAGUGCAAAGGCCAUCCUCUUCAGCGACAAGGCUGUAGUCAGCGCUACAAUGAGGGCCCUUGCCAUUGACUUCGCUGGUAUCAUCUCUGUGGCUCAGAUCAAGAAGACUGAGAAGACCGCUGUUGAGAAGUAUGGUGUCACCGACUUCCCCUCUCUCAUCCUUGUGCCAGCUGGUUCGGACGAACCCAUCAAGCACGACGGCAAGGUCGAGAAGGAGGCCAUGGUCAAGUUCCUGUCCCAGGUCGCGCCACCAAACCCUGACUGCCCUGGUCCCAAGGAGAAGAAGCCAAAGGCGAAGAAGGAAAGCAAGAAGGAGUCGAAGUCAUCCAGCAAGUUCGCCAAGGCAUCAGCUUCUCACAAGUCUGCGGACUCGUCUUCGGCUGCUGCGUCCGCUACAGAUGAGACUAUCGUGGAGCCUAUCGCCGCAACAGAGUCUCCUGACCCUAACGUCAAGACCGAGGAUACCCCAGACCCUGUUGAGCUGCCCGUCGGAGAUACUAAGCCCGCCGUCCCAUCUGCAGCAGAUGCUGCCGAGCUCCAGUCACUUUGUCUGAACGAGAAUGCAAAGACUUGCAUCCUGGCCAUCCUGCCUCCGGACGAUGCCUCUGAUGCUGCCAUGUCUGCCAUGUCUGUCAUCGCCUCAUUGGGAGCCAUCCACAAGAAGCACGGAAGCAAGCUCUUCCCCUUCGUCAGCGUCCCACCUUCGAACUCUCUUGCAGCCACGCUUCGAUCUGAACUAAGCCUCGGAACCGAUGACACCAUCCAUCUCAUUGCGACCCACAGCAAACGUGCCUGGUACAAGAAGUACCCCGGUACUACCUUUGGCGCUCAAGAGGUUGAGUCAUGGGUCGAUGCUAUCCGCAUGGGAGAAGGCAAGAAGGAGAAGCUCCCUGAGACCUUGAUUGCGUCUGGAGAGCAAGAAGCAGUCAAGGAGAAGGUUGCUGAACAAGAGCCAAUCCAGAUCAACGUCGAGGAGAUUCUUGAAGAUGCGCCCGAGCACAAUGAGCUCUAGACAUGUUUUCAAUUACAAAUGUGUACAUGUUAGCAUAGUAUAGCCUGAGCGAAUCGCAUCUACCAGUACGAAUGUUAUC